AUGGCCUUUAUAAGAGAGUUCAUUCCCGAAGAGUGGGGUCCUUGCAGUGUAACCUGCGGCGAGGGCAUUCGAAAACGCGAAGUUCAUUGUAAAAUAUUUCUAGAAUUUUCAAAAACAAUCGCUAAACUUCCCGAUCAGCAAUGCACAGGACCGAAACCUAUCGAAGUAGAAAAGUGUUUUAUGGAGUCUUGUUCUUCCGAACGAAUCGACAUAAAAGACGAUCCUUAUCGGUCUGAGAAUAUGCCGCCGGGAGCAACGUAUUCCUGGAAGACGGAGGGUUUUACCCAGUGCACGGCGUCAUGUCUAGGCGGUGUUCAGGAACUUAUAGUGAAGUGCGUUCGCGAUGAUACACAGAAAGAAAUAGCCUUUUACAUGUGUCCGAAAGAGACAAAGCCUCAAGUGGUUGUGCAGGCGUGCAACGACUUUGCGUGUCCUCCGAGAUGGAAUUUUUCCGAUUUUUCGUCGUGUUCUCAGUCGUGUGGUAUUGGCAUACAAACUAGGGAAGUACACUGUAUUCAUGAAGUUUCUCAAGUAGGAGGAAGUAUUAUUAACGUCCCUAGUGAUAGAUGUCCUCAGCCGGCACCGCCCGACAGGCAAUUCUGCAAUGUCCUCGAUUGUCCAAUAAGAUGGAAAACGUCCGAGUGGUCAAAAUGUAGUAAGAGUUGUGGCGGAGGCGAGAAAACACGCAGCGUGGAGUGCAAACAGGUCAUGGCCCAAAACCAUACAGUUGAAAGACCCCUCUCUGCUUGCCCCGGCCAAAAACCACCCGACAAAAAACCGUGCAACACUAAAAGCUGUGUAACUGAUACAGAUAAACCCAUAAUCGAUACCCUAAAUACGACAUACAUUCAACACGAUUGGAAAAAGGACAAGGUAUCCCUUAGGGUUGGUGGUGCAGCCACCGUCUUCUCGGGUACGACAAUAAAAAUUAAAUGUCCGGUUAAAAGGUUCAAUCGAUCGCUUAUUGCUUGGACAAAAGAUAACAGUCGUUUGCAGAAUAUUAAAAAAUAUAAAGUAUCAAAGAAGGGGGCGCUACGAGUGUUGAACAUCAGUCAUAAGGAUCAUGGGAUUUACACUUGCACUGCUGGAAAGUCUUCCGCUAGUCUGACGUUAAUGGUGAAACCUAGACCAGGAGAAUUUCCGUCGUCAGAAGAAAUACAGAAACAUUCGCAAAAGUACAUGGAGAAACAGGGACGCCAAAUUGGAUUGUCCAGAUAUCCGACUAUGGUUCCCGAUUGGAAUGAGGAUCUAUCCCAUGAAGGUCAAACGGAACUAGUUAGGAAAACUUCCACGAGCAAGAGCAAAGCUCCGACAUAUUUGUCAGUUAGUGAAAAACCCAUUAGCAGUAACAGUCUGAAUGGCUUGCCUCCCGACGACAUCAACACGAAUUUCGAUUAUAGGGAUGUGUCUUUAAACACGCCCGCUUUAUCGAAUUCCGAAGCGGGUGUUUUAGAAGGCACUUCAAGUUCAGGAAACCGUGUUAUGCCACACUUUCAACAACUUUUGUUAAAUUUGCAGAUGUUCGGCAGCUCUCGUGGUCACCGAAUGGUGACCAUAUCUGAAAAUGAAAACGCGGAAGACUUCACGGAAAUACCAGAAUUAGAUGAGACAGCUUUCACAUCACAGAUGGGCGCUUCAUCGGGAAUUGUGCCUACCGAAAUGACUUCGUUUAGAUGGUUUGCUACCAAAUGGUCAAGUUGUUCAGAGACUUGCGGUAAAGAUGGCUUUCAAAUUCGUACCUUCCAGUGUGCGAUUGUGUCCGGGAAUAUCACAAAGUUUGUAAACAACACGCUUUGUGAAGAAUCCGGUGUUAAAAUACCG